GACCAUUAUAUCUGACGAAACUGUCGUGGCCAUGGCGACGCAGGAAGCCGUCGCGGAGGGUGUCCUCGGAGUCGUGGAGUGCAUGGUGGAAUGCAUCGAAGCAUUUCACUUGUACCUGCCGACAUCCACCUCUGACGAAAUUGCUGUCACAUUGCACGCAUUGUGUGUCGCAGUGUCCGUGUCAUCCCCCGCUAGUUCACUCCUGGAUGUUUAUGCCAUGACAGCAACUCUUGUGCACAACUUCAUCCCGUGGAGAGCUCUGUCGUGCGCUCCGCAACUGCAGACACUGGCUGGCCAAGACGACAACGAUUACUCCUAUGAGAUACAAGAAAUGCAUCGGCUUGUCCAGUCAUGUGUGCAAUACACCCACAGACACCGCCUCACUCGGGGGUGCAAUCUCAUCCACGAACAGUACAAGAAUCCAUGGCCACACACUGAGCUGGCACAAGUCGCCGAGGACCCUGUCGAAGAUCGGUGGACGCCAGAGGGCGAACUUGUGUAUGCUCGAAAGAACGUUUUCAACAAUGCUUUCGCCCCUCUCCACGACUGCCGGCGAUACGCCCGGCACCGACUUCCAGACGCAGCCAUUUACAAAGCAUUGCGCACGAUCGUGCGGCAGAACAUCGUGGCGCGUGAAGUAAAUCGGAUCGCGCAGCUCAAUCAGCCCAAGCCGGACACGCAUCCCGACAACGACGAUGUAAAUGAGGUUGACAAUGAAGGAACGGCGGUAGUUUUUGCGUCUGCGUCACAGGAAGGACUUUACGACGUGUAAACUACACCAAGAUGCAACUGUAUUUGGCAA